CGGCGGCGCGGUGACGUAGAGGACGCCGAGAAGGAAGAGGAGGAAGACGAGGAGGACGGCGGCGCCGUGGGGGGCUGCGAGCGGCGCCCGGCUGCUCCUCGCGAGACUUCCAGACUUUGCAUCCUAGCGUCUCUCCUCGGUCAGCAUGGGCCAGUUGCGAAUUUUCUGCAGCAUGUACCUGAGGAGCAUCACCCGCGCCCCUCAUCUGCUCUGUGUCAGGAUCCGGCAGCACCCACAGGGGUUAAUUUGGCGGAGGCAAUCUGGAUGGUGCCAUUAUAAAGCCGUGAUCUUUGAUGCAAGUGGAGUGCUCCUCCCGUCCCCUUACAAGACAGCUGCAGACUGGGAGGCCCAGAAUUGUAUUCCAGCCGGCACCAUCCAGCAAGCUAUACUCUCUGGAGGGGAAAAUAGUCCCUCUCUGAAGUACACAAGAGGAGAGCUGACGACUAUGGAGUUUUUGCAGGAAUUGGGACAGCAGUGCUUUGAGAUUGCAAAUGUCUGUGUUCCAGUGGACUCUUUUCUCUCGGACUUAAUCAGAAAUGAGAUGAUAAAACAGCUCCCCAUAAUGGCAGAAGCAGUACAGUGUAUCCGUGCAGAAGGUCUUAAGACAGCUCUUCUAAGCAAUGACUUCUGUCUGCUGAAUGGAGAGAGCUUUCUGCCCCUGGACCGAAGGCACUUCGAUGUGAUGGUCGAAUCUUAUCGGGAAGGAAUGCGCAAGCCAGAUCCUCGUAUUUACAAGCUGUGCUUGGAGCGCUUGGGUGUUCAGCCCCAGGAAUCCAUCUUCCUUGACAACAGCAGCCAGAACCUAAAAGCAGCAGCCCGGCUUGGCAUUAAAACGGUGAAGGUCCACGAUCCUGAAAUAGCACUCAAAGAGCUGGAAACCUAUCUGGGUUUUCCUUUGCAAGGGUUUGUUCCAUAUACUUGUGCAGUGAGACCAAGCAUGGAAAUCCCAAAAGAUCAUCUGCAAAAGUACCUUGAAAAUGUUCUCAGUGACUGGGCAACAGGGCCACUAGUGUUACGGCAGUUUGGCCACGGACAGUCUACCCGGACCUAUUGUGUCAAGUUUGGAGAUCGCUUGCUAGUGCUGAAGAAGGAGCCCUCUGACAGCCUGCAUCCCUCAGGCCCUCCUGUCAGAAGGGAAUACAGGGUACUGAAGGCACUCUCUGAGGCUGGUGUUCCUGUUCCCACUGUACUUGCUGUCUGUGAGGACAAAAGCACCCUUGGCACACCUUUCUACCUGAUGGAGUACUGUGCUGGCCGUGUCUACAGUGACGUCUCCCUGCCUGCGCUGCAGCCUAGCCAGCGGAGGGCUAUUUAUGCUGCCAUGAAUCAAGUCCUCUCCAAGAUCCACAGUGUAGACCUCAGAGCAGCCAAACUGGAGGACCUCAGGGAGCAUGGUAAUUACAUUCAGUGGCAAGUUAAGACCUGGACAGAGCAGUAUCGAGCUAUGGAAACUCAUGUUAUCCCAGCCAUGGAGAGACUCAUCGAGUGGCUGCCUCUGCAUUUUCCUGAAGCUCAGAAGACCACAGUCGUGCAUGGUGAUUUCAGGAUGGACAACCUGGUCUUUCAUCCAGACAGGCCAGAAGUCCUUGCUGUCCUUGGCUGGAAGCUUUCAACUCUAGGAGAUCCCAUCUCUGAUUUGGCGAAUAACUGUAUGGCCUACUUCCUGCCAUCUCACUUUAAUGCACUGAGAGGCUUGAGGAAGUGUGAUUUGGGGCACCUGGGAGUCCCCACAGCAGAGGAGUAUUCCCAGAUGUACUGCAGCCACAUGGGAGUGGAGCGCCCCGAGAACUGGAAUUUCUACAUGGCCUUUGCCUUUUUCCGACUGGCUGCAAUGCUGCAGGGGCUCUACAAACACUCCCUGGCAGGGAGGCCAGCCCCAGGUGAAAGCAGCCCAGAGGAUGCAGAGUUUGUGGCCAACCUGGCUUGGGAGUUUGCCAUAAAAGAAGGAUUCCGUGUGUUUGACAGCCUCCCCACCACAAAGCCUCUUGCACGACGUUACAGCACCUGUGCCAGGCAAGGGUCGUUCCUCAGCAGGAGCUAUGGUACCUGGCCACCCCAGGUAGCUGGUCCUGGGGCAGCUCCUGACCCCAAAGCUCCCUGGGUCACUCCCCCCACCAGCCUGCUGGGGAUGGCCCAGGGUCUUUGCUGCAAGCUGGAAAAGAUCAUGGGUGUCCAGAGAAGUUUUCUGAUUUCCCAGCCCAGAGGGACUCCACAACCUUUUCUAGAGCCAAAGGUCUCUGGAGCAGAACAUCUCAGCAGCACAGGCCCCAUCCUUCAUGCGGACCUGAGCUCCGUGUCUGGCUGAAGGUCCUGCAUGGUUCACAGGACAGCACUCUCUAAACCAGAGCUGAGCCACUAGCUGCAGCACUGGGGAGGCUCGGACGUGAGACGAAACUGGCCACUCUGGCAUGGGAGAGGCUGUGCUAACAGCAGCCUGGGAGCUUCUGAAUUUCAGCCGUGUUUGUUGUUAUCUUGUAUCUGGGCUCAGUACCUUUAUUGCCAGGCUCAGUAGGGGUGGGGCAAAUCCACUCCUGGGUCAUGAGGCUGCAGACAGUCAAUACACGCUUUACGGCGUGGGGGAGUUGGUCUGGAACGACCAGGUAGGGGUGCAAGUCUUGGUUUUGGGAAUAAAGUGAAUGGAGCAGGGUGUGUCUCCUCCUUCAGCACAACACCUGCUGCUACCUGCAGACUCUAGAGGACUUCAGUCUGUGGGGGGAGCUGAAUCAGGUCCUUGAGGACUCUUGGCUUCAGGGGAGACUCCGGAGCUGAGGCAGUACCUGGCCCCUGGCACUGGGAGGGAGGACUCCAUGGUCCCGUGGCUGCAGUGGAUCUCUCUAGGUUUCUUCAGGGAUUGGGGAGGAUGCAGAGUGGAUCUGUGGGGGCUUUCAGAGCUUCACAGAGGCCAGCAGCAAGGAGAGAACUGUGGGAACAAUCCUGGGAGUUCCUAGGCUCUCUGUGUAGUCAGGUAUUAAUUCAAUAUUGAAGUGAUGGGCACACUUUGAAUUCUUCUGCAGCUUCUCCAGUGUGGGCACAGCCUCACAGCCCCCUUCCACAAGGCCACAUCCAUCUGUGCAGGGUCGCCACCACAUCCCUGCUCUUGUUACCUCAAACAUAUACAUAUAUAUUACUCUUGGAAGAAAUGGAAUAGCACAGGAGUUAGUAGUAGUUAAGAAGGAAUCGUAGUUAGGAGUAGAGACUUAACACCUGAGAAUUUUAACAAGAUAAUAAAUAAUGCGUAGGCCAGGCAAGAGGGUAUUAGCAAUGAAGCCUCAUUAACAAGAACCUCCUGAGAGAAUACAACUCAGUAGAACUUCAAGGACUAACAGUGGAAACAUCCUGCUACAAAGAAGGGUGUGAAGACAAGGGAAGGCUACAGAUCAGUCACCAGUGACAAAAGGGAACAUCUUGGCCCAGAAGCACAGAACCUGGGGGAAAGGUAAUUCUGGCGGGGGGAGACUGGGGCCACCGACUCAAUCGAGGGACAAAAGGGCUACCCCACCUGCCUCCUCUUGAGCAUGCGCAGUGAAUUAAAAUCACCCUGUAGCUUUAAACUUAAGCAGGGAAGAUACAGACCAAGGGGAGAAGGGGAUGCCCAAUCAGGUCAAUGCUUAUGUAUUAGAUAGGUGUGGUGUGUUAAUUGUCAUGCAUAAAUGUCAAAAAGGAAUUAUGGUAGGUGUGCAUGCUAGGAGAGAUCCCUCAUGCACCCGGCGCCAAAUAAAGUAAUGCCUGCUCUUUAAUA